CCCAGGCCAAAAUAGUCCGCUGCUGCAGCAGCUCCAAAGUUGGCUGGAGGCCGGUAGCGAGAAGAGAUCUUGAGCUACUUCAAGAAAACUUUCUCCCCAGUCCUUCCUGCUCUCUCUCCCCCUCCUUCCUUCCUCCUCUCCUUCUGAUGGUAUUCACAUGAUAGCCUUGCAUUGAAAGGGGUGGCCAAGAAGAGAACCCCCAACCCCAAAUCAAGACCUUUUCCUCCUCUCUCUAUUUCCUUUCUUCCCCUUUUCUUUCUCUCUCUCUCUUUCUGUCUCCCCCCCCCCCCCCCCCGGUUGUAAAAGACAAAAUAUGCAGGGUGAAAGGUAGCCUGGAUGAAUUGAUGGCAUCCCUUUUUCUGCCAAGUCGGUCCGUUUUCCAAGCUCUCCCUUUUUAGAAAGCCUAGAGGAUUUCGUUUCUGCUGUAGCAUAUAGCUCUGGCGUGGCUUGCCAGGCGGGGGAAAUCGGAGAGGAAUACGGGAACUCUCCAAGUGCAAUUCCUAUUGUUUGAAACUCACUUUUAUAUCAGAGAAAUUGAAGAUGCAAACGGUAAAGAGAUGGACAACAUUCAGUUGCUAUUCAGUUUAAUUCAUUGACAUGUGAAGGAAUUUUUGGAAAAAAAUGGACUGAAAAUGUCUGCAGACAUAGAAAAGAGAGCAGAUUGUUGCAAAAUAUCUGUCAAGAAGUGGAAUCACCAGUAGCUAAUCCUGAAGAAAUAAAAAUUAAAUAUUGGUUAUGGUGCAAUUUUGGAGUGGAGCUAAAGGUGCAGCGCAUAGGUAGCCCCACUUCUUUUAAAUUAUGGAAAUUUUGUGGAAGACGUUGACCUGGAUUUUGUGCUUAAACAUGGUUUUGUCAGAAUUUCACGGGGACAACAGGCUUUCAUAUAGUUCUCAAGAGGAAUUCCUGUCUUACCUUGAACACUACCAACUAACAAUCCCAGUAAGGGUUGAUCAUAAUGGAGCCUUCCUCAGCUUUACUGUGAAAAAUGCUAAGCCCUCCCGGAGAAAGAAGAGGAGCACUGAACAUUAUGACCAAGAACUGGCAGUAUCUAAAUUAUUUUUUAAACUUUCUGCCUAUGGCAAGCACUUUUAUUUAAACCUGACUCUCAACACAGAUCUGGUCUCCAAACACUUCACAGUAGAAUACUGGGGGAAAGACGGACCUCAGUGGAAGCAUGACUUUUUAGACAACUGUCAUUACAUGGGAUAUUUACAUGACCAUCAUAGUACAACUAAAGUAGCACUAAGCAACUGCAAUGGUCUGCAUGGUGUUAUUGCUACAGAAGAUGAAGAGUAUUUUAUUGAGCCACUAAAAAAUAUAACUGAAAAUUCCAAUAAUUUUAGUUAUGUUAGUGGACAUCCUCAUGUUAUUUACAAAAAGUCUGCCAUGUAUCACCAACUCUUCUAUGAUCAUAACCAUUGUGGUGUUUCAGAAGACCUCACAGGAAGCAAUAAACUAUUGCGGAUGAACAAUACCUUUGGUUUUCCAACUUUACGUCCAAUUAAUCACUCAUUAAGUAGUCCUCAGCGGCAGAAGAGAUCAAUAAGCACUGAACGUUUUGUGGAGACGCUGGUAGUAGCAGACAAAAUGAUGGUGGGAUACCAUGGUCGCAAAGAUAUUGAACAUUACAUUCUGAGUGUCAUGAAUAUUGUUGCCAAACUUUAUCGGGAUUCCAGCCUAGGAAACGUUGUGAAUAUUAUAGUGACUCGAUUAAUUGUUCUCACAGAAGACCAGCCAAACUUGGAGAUAAAUCACCAUGCAGACAAGUCCCUUGAUAGCUUCUGUAAGUGGCAGAAAUCCAUUCUCUCUCACCAAAGUGAUGGAAACACCAUUCCAGAAAAUGGAAUUGCCCACCAUGAUAAUGCGGUCCUUAUUACUAGAUAUGAUAUCUGCACAUAUAAAAACAAGCCUUGUGGAACAUUGGGCUUGGCCUCUGUCGCUGGAAUGUGUGAGCCUGAAAGGAGCUGUAGCAUUAAUGAAGACAUUGGCCUAGGUUCAGCUUUUACCAUCGCACAUGAGAUUGGUCACAAUUUUGGUAUGAACCAUGAUGGAAUUGGAAAUUCUUGUGGGACCAAAGGUUAUGAAGCAGCAAAACUUAUGGCAGCUCACAUUACAGCAAACACCAACCCCUUCUCAUGGUCAGCCUGCAGCAGGGAUUAUAUCACCAGUUUUUUAGAUUCAGGCCGUGGUACUUGCCUUGACAAUGAGCCUCCCAAGCGUGACUUUCUUUAUCCUGCUGUGGCCCCAGGUCAGGUGUAUGAUGCUGAUGAACAGUGUCGUUUCCAAUAUGGAGCCACUUCCCGCCAGUGUAAAUAUGGGGAAGUGUGUAGAGAGCUUUGGUGUCUCAGCAAAAGUAAUCGCUGUGUUACCAAUAGUAUUCCAGCAGCUGAAGGUACCCUUUGCCAGACUGGAAGCAUUGAAAAAGGGUGGUGUUAUCAGGGAGAGUGUGUAACUUUUGGCACUUGGCCCCAAAGCAUAGAUGGUGGUUGGGGUCCCUGGUCAAUUUGGGGAGAAUGCAGCAGGACCUGCGGGGGAGGAGUCUCAUCAUCCAUAAGACACUGUGACAGUCCAGCACCUUCAGGUGGAGGAAAAUAUUGCCUUGGAGAAAGGAAAAGAUACCGAUCCUGUAAUACUGAUCCAUGUCCUUUGGGGGUCCGUGAUUUUCGAGAGAAGCAAUGUGCAGACUUUGACAAUAUGCCUUUCCGAGGAAAAUAUUACAACUGGAAGCCUUAUACAGGAGGUGGAGUUAAGCCAUGUGCUCUAAACUGCUUAGCAGAAGGUUACAAUUUUUACACUGAACGUGCUCCUGCAGUCAUUGACGGAACACAGUGCAACGCAGAUUCGUUGGAUAUUUGUAUCAAUGGAGAAUGCAAGCAUGUUGGAUGUGAUAACAUUUUGGGAUCUGAUGCUAAAGAAGACAGGUGUCGAGUGUGUGGAGGAGAUGGGAGUACAUGUGAAUCUGUUGAAGGCUUUUUCAAUGAUACAUUGCCAAGAGGAGGCUACAUUGAAGUAGUUCAAAUUCCAAAAGGGUCCGUUCACAUUGAUAUCAAAGAAGUGGCAGUGUCAAAGAACUACAUUGCUUUAAAAUCAGAAGAGGAUGACUAUUAUAUUAAUGGUGCCUGGACUAUUGACUGGCCUAGAAAAUUUGAUGUUGCUGGAACAGCUUUUCAUUACAAGAGGCCAGCAGAUGAACCAGAAACUUUGGAAGCUUUAGGUCCCAUAUCAGAAAACCUGAUAGUCAUGAUUUUACUACAGGAGCAGAACCUGGGGAUAAGGUAUAAAUUCAAUGUUCCAAUAUCUCGCACUGGCAGUGGUGACAAUGAAGUUGGUUUUGCAUGGAAUCACCUACCUUGGUCAGAAUGUUCUGCUACUUGUGCUGGAGGUACCCAAAAACAAGAAGUAGUAUGCAAAAGACUGGACGACAAUUCUGUAGUACAGAACAACUACUGUGAUCCUGACAGUAAGUCACCAGAUAAUCAAAGAGCCUGCAACUCUGAGCCUUGCCCACCCGAAUGGUUCAUAGGAGAUUGGUCAGAAUGCAGCAAGACCUGUGAUGGUGGAAUGAGAAUGCGAACAGUCUUAUGUAUCAGGAAAAUUGGACCUUCUGAAGAAGAGACCCUGGACAACACUCAUUGCCUAACACAUCGACCUAUUGAAAAAGAAUCUUGUAACAACCAAUCUUGUCCCCCACAGUGGGUUGCUUUGGAUUGGUCAGAAUGCACUCCAAAAUGUGGUCCUGGUUUCAAGCAUCGUAUUGUUCUCUGCAAAAGCAGUGAUCUUUUGAAAACAUUUUCAGUUGCACAUUGCCAGGAAGAAAAUAAACCACCAGUCCGUAUGCGCUGUAGCUUGGGCAGGUGUCCUCCUCCAAGUUGGGUUACUGGAGACUGGGGGCAGUGUUCAGCACAGUGUGGGCUUGGACAGCAGAUGAGAACUGUUCAGUGUCUUUCAUAUACUGGGCAACCAUCCAGUGACUGUGCAGAUACUGUCCGCCCUCCUUCAAUGCAACAGUGUGAAAGCAAAUGUGACAGUACUCCUGUUUCCAACACAGAAGAAUGCAAAGAUGUGAACAAAGUGGCGUAUUGCCCACUGGUGCUGAAGUUCAAGUUCUGCAGCCGAGCGUACUUCAGACAGAUGUGCUGCAAGACCUGCCAAGGACAUUGACCCACAGAAUGGAAAGUGCCUUGCGAUUUCAUUGUGGAAAUGUGUCCGUCAAAGAUUGCUGCACAGUGGAACCAGACAGAUGUCCUGUGGAAAAUGUAACCACUGGUCAGCCACAGCUGACAGAAUUUCAAUAUUAUUUUAACUUCUGUGAAGUGGGAUUUGUUCAUCCAAAGUGCUGGACACAGAAUAAGGAGGGCAUGCCAAAUUGGAAAAAUACACACAGUACAUACAGAGUAACCUAUGGUGGAACAUGUGUACUUUUGACUAAUUCCAAUAGUCUUUUUACCUCCUUGGACCAUUAAGAUAAUUUUUAUUAUGGACUUAGCAAUGACACUGAAUCCAUUUGUAUUUAAUUUUGUUUAAAGUGUAGCUGUUAUGGUUCGGUCAACUACAGAAGUAAAGAAGAAAUUUUUAAAAAGUUUGUCAUAGCUGAUAAUAACUAUUUUAUCUUACUUCAUAGUGCCACAACUUAAGUAAAAGAAGUGGGCUUGGGAAUAUUAUUUUAGAAACAAUUACAAAUCAGAAGUCAAAGAAAUGCAUUUUCUUUGUUUCCUCUAAUUUUCUAAGGAAUAAUACUGCUGUGAGCCAUAUCUAAAGCGAAACUAAACGGAACCACGAGAAACCAUUGGAGAUUAAGCCGUUGUUUCCUGGGCACACCCAACAAUAAGAAAUGUUUACGACUAGUUUAUAGCCAUUUUACAGCUGAACCAGGAUUUCCGCUAAAAGGGAAUAUAUCCAUACAAUGAGGGAGUCAUGCGCUAGUCAUGCAGAACAUUUUGAAUACUUAUGGCUAAUUCCCCCUUUUUCACUUCAGUUACAAAGUGGCAUUCAUUCUGCAAACAUCUAAGAGUUUUUGCUGCUCUGUUAUCAGCAAUAAACUGAUGAGCAGAGGCUUCUGCUGACAAUGGUCAUUGGUUUUCAGUUUUUCUUUUAUUGAUAUGAUAGGGCAGU